AUACAGAGAGAAUGGAAACUGAUGGAUUUGUAUUGGUUAAACCUUCAAGAAAACGCAGAAUCAAAUCAAAGAAGUGUCCAGUGUUACCAGUAAAUAAUGUUGAUGAUGAGUGGGAUCAUCCUCUGGAUCUUACUAGUGUUAUAAAACAGGUCUUUACUGAGGACUCUGUAUUCUGUGAUAAGAUCAGUGAAGUGAUAUCAAGUCAAGAUAUUGAACAGAUAGUAUGCUAUGGUAUAGGAAGACUAAGUACCUGCAAGCUGGCUCAGUUUCAGUUUGCUGUUUUAGUAAACGUUCUACAAAAAUCUCCCCAAAUUCAAAAGUGUCUGGUAUUUGACCCAGUACUAUCACAGUCAGAGAGAACCUUCAUUACUCAAUACAUGGAGGUUUUAUCAGAAAACGACAUGUGUGGCAGACGAGUUGUGUGUAAUACACUCUUUUAUAUGAUACACAGUAGUAAAAGGAUGUACGAUAACGUUUUGAAAAGUAACUGGGAUCAGUUAAAGUACUGUACGCUAAUUGGUAAUUCGUUCCAGUCUUAUCUGCUUCACUCCACUACGUCUUCAUUGGUAAAACAGGUUCCCCAUAUUUACACAUGCACAGAACAUACCAAAGAAGACGAGUUACCCAAGUUCGUGAGCCAUCAUAACGUUUUCAACAAUACUGUAAUCAUAGAGUUCUUAUCUUCGGCUGAUACUGAUUCUGUUUUUGUGAACACUCUUCCUGCUGAUAUCUCUGAGGAUGGCUUAGAGAUACAGUGAAACACAGAUUACUUAGUAAAACACUAAACCCCUGACCAACUAAUCUUUAAUUUGUUAUAAGUUAAUUUGUUGGCUAGCCUAUAACACGGCCAUUCCGGCUCUCAAAUGAUUGUUUUGUGAAGUUGGCAUGAUAUGAAGAAGAAAUUUUGUGUGUUAUUCGUCUCAUUCCUUCUUUAUGUAUGAAAUUAAUCCUGAAAUUUAUCUGAUAGGAAUUCAUUUUAAGGUCAUGUCAGGUAAUUUUAUUCCUAAAAAGAAGUAUCAAUUACAAUAAUUAUAGAUAUUAUCAAGCAUAAUGAUUAAUGACAAUUACCACUGAAUUUAAAGUAUUUUUAGUCUUACCCUAGCCUGUAGUUUACAGUAACAAUUACCAUGGUAAUCUACCCUACCCACCUAUUUUUAUUGUAGGUCGAUGGUGAUGGCCAGAUUGGACGAGAUCUCAUAUUUUGGCCUGAUUCUGACUUAAUGCACCAUGGGUUCAGCUUACAGUAAAAAAUCAUUAGAUAACAUCAGUGUUAGUGAAGAAUGUUUCAAAUUAGAGAAAGAACUCAACAUUGCAAAGAGAAUUUUCGGAGUCGAACAUGAAAAGAUCCUUAGCAGGGUGUAUGUUACCCACGUUGCUCUUUACAAAACCCCAAUAGAAGGCAUACGCAGAAGUUCGACUGCCUUUGUAGUUCUCAAGACAAAUUUUGGAUUAUGCCUAUCUCUGGAAAAGCAACAGGACGGUAUUUUCAUAGGGACGACAUCAACUCCACAAAAACUUCCAGUUGACCUUUUGGUUGAAAACAGUUCGAGCUGUCCUUUCCGUUGCUUGAUAGACUGUUUGAAGGACAUUAUGAAUACUUCCAGUGUUACCAAUUAUAAUGAUUGCCAAGGCUUUGCGAAAAGAAUAUUUAAUAAGAUAUGCCAAGAAGGCUUUUUCAAAGUGACUCCACAACUGAAUGUGGCCAGGACAGUUUUUGGCUAUGAUCAUGAAAGAAUUGUUAACACCACGACUAUUACUCAAGUUGCUGUUUACAAAACUCUGCUACCUUCCAAUUCUUGUAUAAGAAACAAACUUGCGAGACGGUAUAAGUGGAUUACCGUCAAUAGUCAUGCAUUUGUGGUUAUGAAGACAAGUUCUGGUGUAUGCAUAUCUCUCGGAAAGCAGCACGACGGUAUUUACAUUGCGAAAAGCAACAUGUUCGAUAAUGUAGUUAAUGGCAUGGAAUCAUAUCCUCAGAAGCGUACAGUUGACCUUGAGAUUGAAGACCGCUCAAACUAUCGUUUUGGUCACUUUAUAGUCUUGCUGAAAGAAAUUCAAAAAGAUUGCAACGAUAAAAGUGUAAAAGAUAAAAACUACCAAGACUUCUCAAAGAGAAUUUUUGAUAAGAUUGCUGCCACAAAAACAUGGUACUACACUAUACCUCAAGCGCCUCUGUAUGUAUCAUGCUUUAUCUUCCCACUCUUUAUCGAUAUAGUCCAUCGGUUAUGUGAGUAUAUGCCCAUGGGAACUUUGUUGCUGUGUGGUGGUGUGUUCUUAUUUUGCUUAGUUGAUUAUAUAUUUGCCAAAUUUUCAAAACACAACGCUACUAACUAAUUCAUAAAGUAUAUAGUAAUAUUAGUUACUUGCUCUAUCAAACGCAAGACUUCUUAAAAUAUGAUAUAGAUUAUUGACAACAUAUUUCUUUUGUUAAAUGCUUAGAUCUCACUGUAUUUAAAUGAGACUAUGAAAGAUACUAGUUUCAAGAGGCGUUUUCUUAUUUAAAGAUGUAUUUAAACUUUACAAGUUUGAAUUUAAUUUUAUGCUAAGGUUUUAAUGAUCUUAUCAUACAAUAUUUUUAGUUGACUGUAAAUUUAAUUGAUUUAGGAGUUAUAUUUUUUAUAUGAUUCUAUACGACCCAAUUUUAUAAAAUGACAUUAAUUUUUGUUUUUAUUAGGUUAUAUAAUAUUUUUUGUAAAUUUUGAUUUAUGGGCAAAUGUUUUUAAAUUGUAACAUACUGCUGCAAUGAAGUUGUUCCCUUUUUAAAAUUAUUCUAUUGGAAUUAAGUUUUUACCUUUUUAGAACGAUAUCACUGGAAUGAACUUUUUACCUUGCUUGAAAAAAAAUAUUACAAUGAACUGUUUGUCUUUUUAACCAAACCACUUACUUACUUGGGUUACUUGGGUUGGGUUCCGAGCUAGAGUGCUGGAAUGACGUUUAUACUUUUAAUACCAUACCGUACCUGUAUACCUACUAUUAGAAUACAUUUUUUAAAAUCAU